AUUAUAAUAAAAUGCAAGAACUGAAAUCUCCAAAGUUGUUAAAUAAUCUAGUCUCAAAUGUUUAGAAGAAACAAAACCCUAUUCCUCCUUCGACAGACAUAAAUAUCCUUCAGUAAAUUUUAGAUUAAGUUUAACCUGUAGAGAUUAUACACAAUAAUGAUGAUGGUUAAGGAUGUAAAGUUAAUAUUAAUUAUGAUAGAGGCCAAUCAAAAAAGGAACAACAAAGCACUUAGAAUUAAUGAAGACUAAGCAGAAUAAUAGUUAAUUGACUUUAUUCAAUUAGGUAUAUCAGACUUUGAAGCCAACCAAUAUUCCUAAUGUGUAUAUCACUUAAAAUAAGCAGAAUAAAUACUAACUGCCAUUUCUUAUUCUAAUCCAUUAAUUCAUUAUUUUUUAAUGAUUAGAAUAGAUUUGGGUGUAGUAUUUUAUGCUAUAGGAUGGUUAGAAUAAGCAUUUACCUGUUUUGAAGAUGCUAUUUUAGCUUUAAAAAAAACUCCCAGAACAGAUUAAGAAGGGUAUCUCCUUUCAAUGAUACGUCUAAAUUGUUAUUUAUAAUGUUGUAUCAUCCUUUCAGAGAGUGGCUAACAUACUGAAGCAUUAGCAUUUGCUAAAAUGGCAAUAAGAAAAUCUUCAAAAAUAUUAAUUGAUCUUCAAAAAUACUUACAGAGUUAAAUACACUAACAAGUAAUUGAAGAGAUACUUAAAAAGAGCAUCCCUAUUUUAAAACCAAAACAUUAAAAUAUAGUUUAGAGUUAUUAAAUUUAAACUACUCAAACAACUUAAGAAGUACAAUGAUUAGUAUUAAAGAGUUACGAUUUAGUGUAUUCUGGAUGUCCAUAAGCAUACAUUCAUCGAGCCAACAUAUUGUUCUUCAUUUAGAUGAAUCCAGUUAAUCUUAGUAAUUUUAUACAUGUAUUGGACUUUCCUACUAAUCAAUAAUAUUUACAUAUGAUAUGCUUAUUUGUUAUUUCAUUGUAUUGCACUUCAACAGAGUCUAAGUUUGUUUCAAAAAAUGAUUCUUUUUGUUUCAGUGAGGCUGAAAAUUAUUUAUCUAGAGCUCUUGAAAUUGCAUACUUAUAUUUACCAAAAGAUUUACCCUUAAUUAAUUAAUUACUCAAUGUUCAUAAUAGAUUUUAUGACAUUUCUAAAUAAGUAUCAAUAUUCUAUCUAUUCAAAGGCUAUUGAUGAAGAUGCUAAAAUGAAAAUGGAUUCAGGCAAUUUUGAAAUUGUUUUACUUAAACCAGUCAUUGAAUCACAAAAAUGUGGUUUUGUUAUUCCAAUCAUUAGAAAAUGUAAUUUAUCCAUUUCUAAUCUUAAGCUAAAUAUGUUGGAAUGAAAAGCAGAACUCGAUCUAUGAAAGAAUAAUAAUUUUCUAAUACUAAAAAUGCCAAUUUUAGUAUUGAACCAGAGUAUUAGAUUUAUGAAACUUCAAAUAAAACACAUAAAAGGAAAUUAAGAUCUAUUUCAACCACUAAUAAAUAUAAACCUAAUUCUCCUAAAUGGGUUAAUCACUAAUUAGCAGAAGUAUAUUUAAAUUAGUAAUAUCCUUUUAAAUCUAUUUAAAUUAGAAAAUAAUAACAAAAAUAUACUAAUAAAACUUUUGAAUUGGGUUCUGGAAAAAACACAGGAAAUCAAUAUGGAAAAUUAAAUCGAUCAGAAAAUCAAAUUAAAAAGAAAUAAUUAAACAUUUAACUCUUGAUUACCAAUAAUGUUAAUCAAACAAAUUCUACACAAAAUUCUAAUAGUGGAUAACCUAUUUAAAUUGCCAAUUCAACAUAACAACAGUUAUUUAAAAGAAAAAGAAACAAUUAAUCUUUUAAUUUUGAUUAAAUAACUACCAAGAGCCCAGUCAAUCUAUUUGUAUAAAAAUAAAGAGAUGACAAAAAGAUUUCCACGAUGUAAUAGAAAAUUAAAUCUGUAGUAAAACAAUGUUGAC